AUAUCGAGCUUAUCAACAUCCUAUGUGCUAAAUUUAAUUACAAUUAGAAAAACGAUUUAGUCUCGAAUUGAACGCCAUGUUGUGUCUACUUAUUUUGACGUUCCUUGUGACAUUUUCCAAUGGUCUUCUAACCUCGGAGCUGACUGAGCCAGAAUGGUUGGACGUAGUUUCUGCUGGUGGAAUGCAUAUAGGCCAUGGUCGUACUAAGAGAUUCGUAGAGCUUAACGAAAAUCAGCCAAACAUACCGCAUCAGGCAUGCCUACUACCGAGUGGCAGAGCGGGACAUUGUCGCCAUUUACAUUACUGUAUCCAAGAAGACUUUAAGAGGGACUUCAUGAAAUUCAUGGACUAUCUUUGUAUUAUACAGCAUUCAUCUAUCGGUGUGUGUUGUCCUGAUGAUCGUACCCCGGAUGCUAUAGACGCGGUCGCCGGAGACUUACCAGCCACGGCACCUAGAGACGAAAACGAAGUCACUCUGAAGAUAGAUCGCGCUGAGAAUAGAGGCUGUGGGUUGAGCACUCGCGCGCAGGCCCGAGUGACUGGAGCCAGUCCGGCCAAUCCACGGGAAUGGCCCUGGAUGGCUUCCGUGACUCCCGAGGGAAGGGACCAGUGGUGCGGAGGUUCACUCAUAACCGAUCGACAUGUACUCAGUGCGGCGCAUUGCACUUAUGGGUACGAACCCAGCGAAUUGUUCGUCCGGCUCGGAGAAUACGACUUUAAGAGAACCAACGAUUCCCGUUCAUAUAACUUUAGGGUGAUCGAGAAGAGGGAACAUGAAAUGUUCGACAGCGCUACCUACCAUCACGACGUUGUCAUACUUAAAUUACACAGAGCAGCGGUGUUCAAUACAUAUGUGUGGCCAAUAUGUCUCCCUCCCCGGGGAUUGGAGUUGGACAACGAAAUCGCUACAGUGAUCGGUUGGGGCACUCAAUGGUACGGGGGUCCAGCGAGUCACGUCCUCAUGGAAGUUUCUGUACCUAUAUGGACGAGAGAGAAAUGCACCCCAGCGUUUAGUGAUUCAGUCUUCAACGAAACGUUAUGUGCCGGCGGUCCGAAUGGAGGGAAGGAUGCUUGUCAGGGUGACAGCGGUGGUCCUCUGAUGUACCAGAUGUCUAGUGGUCGUUGGACAGUGGUAGGGGUGGUGUCGUGGGGUUUACGCUGCGGCGAGGCCGAGCACCCUGGUCUAUAUGCCCGCGUCGAUAGAUACCUCGAGUGGAUACUAAGGAAUUCUAUCUUCUAGUUACACCAAUGUUUCUAACGUUGCAUAUGAAUGUAUUAAUUGCCCCAAUUAAAAUUCAAAAUUGUUAUUGUCUA